CUCAGUGCACCACUACUAAAACGAGGCCUGCGUCUCCAAACUCCAGAUCAAUUCAUCGAGAUGAAGCUAUUCGUAAUUCUCGCAAUCCUCAGCAGUGUUACUGCUUAUAAAUGCAAGAAAGACGGGCUCCAGGCCGACCCUCUGGACUGUGCCAAGUAUUACUGGUGUCAAGGUGAUGCUGCCACACAAUUCUCCUGUCCUGCUGGACUCCACUUCAACCCUGAACAUCUCUACUGUGACUGGCCCGCAAAUGUUGACUGCAAAACUGGUCCCACUGAUGCCCCCGAACCUACUAAAGAGCCUAAGCCAACAACAAAGCCAGCUCCAACCACCCUACCAGCCCCAACAACAGAACCUGCCCCAACUGAGCCCCUGCCUGACCAUGAGAAAGAGGUAGUUUGCUACUUUAUCAACUGGGCAUGGUAUCGUCCUGGAGAUGGGAAAUACCUCCCCGAGGAUAUCGACCCUAAACUCUGCACCAUUGUCAACUACGCUUUUGCUGUUCUCGGCUGGAACAAGAUCAUCGCCAUGCACGACAGUUGGGCUGACAAGGACAACAAGUUUUACGACAGAGUUGUGGCCCUGAAGAAGGCUCCAGGAUCUAAGGUUAAGAAAGUUUACUUGGCCAUUGGAGGUUGGAACGACAGUGCUGGAUCCAAGUACUCAGAAAUGGUUACUGACCCUGCCAAGAGAAAGAAGUUUGUCGACCACGCAGUACCCUUCCUCCAACAGUACGGAUUUGAUGGUCUGGAUCUUGACUGGGAGUAUCCCAAGUGCUGGCAAGGAAACUGCAAGAAAGGGAAGGACUCUGAAAAGAAGGACUUCGCUGAUUGGUGCGAUGAGCUCAAGGCUGCUUUCAAGCCCCACGGACUUGGUCUAAGUGCUGCCGUAUCUGCCAGUAAAACCAUCAUUGAUGCAGGAUACGAUGUCCCCCGUCUCGCCAAGUCGCUGGAUGAGUUGAACUUGAUGACCUACGAUUUCCAUGGAUCAUGGGACAAAAAGACCGGACACAACGCACCCAUGUUCCCUUGUGAAGGUGAUGAUAUCGACUUCUUCAACGUCGACUCAGCUGUAAAGUACUGGAUCGCAGCGGGAUUUCCUCCUCGUAAGAUCAUGCUUGGGCUCCCCAUCUACGGAAGAUCCUUCAAACUGGACGAUCCUUCAAACACGGGAUUCCACUCACCAGCCAGGGACGGUGGUAGCGCCGGAAAAUGGACCAGAGCCAAGGGAUUCCUAGGUUACUACGAGAUCUGCCAGUUCCUAAAGGAGGGAUGGACCAAAGUGCAAACCCCUGAUUGCGUUGUUGGGCCUUAUGCUUACAAAGACAAUCAAUGGGUAGGGUACGAUGACGUGGAGGCUGUUAAAUUCAAGAUGAACUACGUUAAAGAGAAUAAGCUGGGAGGAGGCAUGGUGUGGGAUGUUUCUAUGGAUGAUUUCAAGGGACUCUGUGGUGAAGGAAAGAAUCCAUUCCUGACUGCCAUGAACAGAUAUCUUGCUCCUUAGAUAUACAAUUACAUAGAUUUUCGAAUAAAGGAAUUUUAAAAUUGUAUGAUAA